UCGUGUUGCCAUGCCGUAAAACAGUGCGUGCGACCUGCCAGUAGAGAAGACAGAAGGCCUAAAAGCUUAUAAAUGUAUAGACGAUGAAAGUAGGGUUGACGAAGCACUUUUUCUAUUUAUAGGCAGUAUUAAAGUCUUUUUCACAAUGAUCAUAGAAAAUGUGGAAGCCUUCAAGUCGUGGCUUGCAAAACUCCUGGAGCCGAUAUGUGAUGCUGAUCCUGCUGCAUUGGCCAACUACGUUGUGGCUCUUGUGAAGAAAGACAAACCAGAGAAGGAGCUGAAAGCGCUUUGUGCUGACCAGCUUGAUGUCUUCCUACAAAAGGAAACCAUAGGAUUUGUAGAUAAACUUUUUGAGUCGUUGACGACGAAGAGCUACCUGGGUAACCCUGCUGCCAAGGAGGGUCCAAAAGAGGAGGUGAAACCAGCUCCUCUCAAGGCUGAUGUUGUUGAGACUGAAACUCCAGAGGAAGAGAGAGAAAACAGACGCAGGAGAAGCCCCCUGAGAAACCGCUCUGACUUCAACGAAUCCAGGAGCCGCGAAGACAGGAGGCGAGAUGAGCGCAAACGCAGAGAAUUCGAGCGGCACAGCAAAGUCGGCGAUGCCCACCGUGAGCGAGAGCGCCACGAGCGGCGCAGAGGCAGCCCCCGGGGGAGGAGCUACAGCCGGAGCCGCAGCCGGAGCAGGAGCGGCAGCCGAGGGAAGAGCAGGGACCGGGAGCACAGAGGAGGCAGAGAUUUCAAGUCAAAGUUUGAGGUGGAAAGAAAGGACAAUGAUGGAUACAACACUUCGCAAACAUCUGGCCCCCAGCAGCAGCAGCAUCCACCGCCUCUACUGCCCCUCCCCACCCCUCUGCAUCCCUUCUCCUCUGCUACCUCGUCUGCUGGGGUCUCAGCAGUUGGAGGGGUUCCUGUCAUGACGCCGGCUCAUCUGCCCGACAGCACUACAGACAGCUGGUCCAGCUACUACAUCGCUCAGCGGCAAGACGGCGUCGGAAAGCCCUUCGGCGGCAAGAAUACUCCGCUCAAGCAGCGAUGCAGGGACUACGAUGAGAAAGGAUUCUGCGUCCUGGGUGACCUGUGUCCCUUCGACCACGGCAGUGACCCUCUCAUUGUUGACGACGUCACCCUGCCCAAAAUGAUUCCUUUUCCGCCUCCUCCCGUCAUGCCUCCUGCCGGCUUGCCCAUGCCCCCCAUCACUGAGCCGCCCCCCUCACUCAGGAUGCCAGCAAUGCCCCCCUAUGCCCAGCCUCCACCACCUGGUGUCUUCCCAAUGACAGGACCCCCACUGAUAGCUACCAGCAGAAUCGAUACCCCCAACCAUCAAUCUGCAAUCACUUCUUCUCCCCCCAUUGGACCACCUGGAGUGGGGCUCCCACCUACUCUUCCUCCUCCUCCUGCUCCUCCUCAGCCUCCUUCCUCGUCCUCAUCUGUGUCUCUGCGGCCCCAAUAUGUCCAGUCUGAAUAUAACUAUGAUCCAGAAGGCUACAACCCAGAAUCUCCAGGUCUGACAGCUGCGGGUCGUAAUUCUUACCGCCAGUUUAUUCCCCGAGUCCAGACCCAACGGUCCAACCUCAUUGGCCUCACCUCCAGCGAAGGACAAGGAUCCAGAGCUGCCAACAUAGUGAUCCAAACAGAGCCAGCAACUGCAUCCAACUCUCCUGGAAAUAAUGUGUCUCGCUUCAACGCUGAACAGGACAGCAGGAAGAGGACGAUGGGAGCCAGUAUAGCCGAUGGUCCAGCAGCUAAGAAACCCUGGAUGGAGAAGCCAAAUUUUGCUGGUCAAGAUAAAAAUAUUUUUCCAAAGAGAAACCACUACGUGAACACAAAGCUGGAGGUGCGCAAGAUCCCACGGGAGCUGAAUAACAUCACCAAGCUCAAUGAGCAUUUCAGCAAGUUUGGAACCAUCGUCAAUAUACAGGUUGUGUUUGGCGGUGACCCAGAGGCCGCUCUGAUCCAGUACACAAAGAACGAAGAGGCCAGACGGGCCAUUUCCAGCAUCGAGGCCGUCCUCAACAACCGCUUCAUCCGUGUGUACUGGCACCGGGAGCCCAGCACCAACACCACUGGUCAGGAGCCCACCUCAGGGAGCCAGGGGCCCGGGUCGGUGCCAGGCCAAGGCCUGCCGCACAGCAACAUGCACAAGGGGAUUAAACAACACAGUCCAGGUGCCUAUGUGCUGAACAACACUGUACCCAAGCAUCACCUGAAUGCAGCACCUGCGUCCACAGUCGCAACAAAGACAGACGGCAUGAAUCCGAACUCUGACGCUCUCAUUGUGGCACCAAACACCCAGAAAGGCCCCUACGCAGCCACAGCUGUCAAAUCCUCCUCCAAGAGCCUUGGGAAAACUGGAAAAGCACUGGAAGUGCAGGAAGCUAUUAAAAAGAAGCAAGAGGCGAUGAAACUCCAACAAGACAUGAGGAAACAGAAACAGGAGAUGCUGAAGAUGCAGAUCGAGUGUCAGAAAGCUCUGAUCAACCGCUUGGAGAAAAACCGAGCGAUGAAGCCCGAAGAGCGGGCCAACAUUAUGAAAACCCUGAAGGAGCUAACAGAGAAGAUUACCCAGCUGCAGAAUGAAAUGAACCCCACCUCUCAGGUCUCAAGUGGCAAAACCAACCACAGCCAACCUAAGACUAAAACUGAUGCCCAGAAGGAGUUGCUCGAUGCUGAAUUAGACUUUCAUAAAAAAAUUAGCUCUGGAGAAGACACAACAGACCUUAAGAGAAAACUUGUGGAGCUACGGGUGGAGGCGAAGCGACUCGGUCUCAUCAUCCCACCAACGGGUCGAGGCAGAGGCCGAGGGAAGAUGGUGCCGGAUCCCGGGGCGAUGCACGCAGGCCGCGGCAGGAGCCGAAGCAGAGAGUUGAUGGCUCGCGGUGGAGUCGUAAACCGCAUGGUCGUCGACCACAGGCCCAGAACGCUCGCUAUUUUAGGAGUCAUGCAGGAGGAAAAGGAAGAGCUAAUGCUCCAUUUUGUGAAAUUUGGUGAAAUUGAAGAACUGCGUUUCCAAGAUGCCAACACCGUCAUCAUGACCUUUAAGACACGAAGCGAAGCGGAGAAUGCAGCAAAUCAGGGAGCUAAGUUCAAAGGUCGUGUUCUGCAGAUUUCCUGGUACAAGCCCAAGUUAUCAUCCGUUACAUCUGAACCUGAGGCAGAAGAGACUAAAGACGAGGAGAAGGCGAAGGAAGCAAGCUCGUAUCUCCCAGGAAACGAAGAGGGGAGAGAGGACGAAGAAGAGGAGGAAGAUGACGAUGAAGACGACGAGAAUGAGAGCCGGUCUUGGAGACGAUAAGGAGACCGAUGUGUCCAGUGGAUUCAGUUCUUUUUUAUUAUUUUCGCCCUGCAUACAAGGAAACAUUUUUUUAAUUUGCAUUAAUUUUAGACUUGAAUUAAAGGAAAACAUCUUUUCUUUGUGAUAAACAAUUAAAAAAAGCUCAGAGGGUCAUUAGUUUUUGUAUCCCUCAAUGAAACAUGUACAACAUCUCACUUUUGCUGAGAGUGAUAAAUGUUUUGCUCUUAUAGAUAGAAAAAUCUAUGUAUGUUGUAGUGUGCUUAUCAGAUGAUUAAUAUCAGUAAUGCACAACAUUUGUGUCUACUGUGAAUAGGUAUUUUUAUACAUACUGUAUUUAAGCUUUUUCUCACCAGUUUUUUGUAAGGAAAAAAAGAUAAAAUAAGACAAAACAAUCUCACCCCCAGUUCAGGGACAGCCAUUCCAUCACCAGUAGAAAGUUCUCUAUUGCUCACAGACAGGUCUGUUUAUUUAAUGUUUUCUCACCACAUCGAUGCACUGUGUUGUACCUGGUAUGGUUUUCAAUUUCACUUUACUCAGUGGAAUUUUUUUGGUAAUAAUUACCCAAAAAUUUUUAAAGAUCUCAAGUAUUUUUGAUUCCAUAUGUUCGAUUUGGCACGCCCAGCACAUCGAGGUUCUGUUGAACCAUAAGAGAGAGGGUGCAGGUACUGACAGAUCCUGGAGCAGCAGAUCAGUGUUCACAAAUUACAGUUUCUGUGUCAACUGACAGAUUUGUAGCAUAUAUCCCCAGUUUUUCCCACUUUGAUUUUCUUUCUCCCUCGGUCCAGCGCCACUAUGUGAAAACAUCCACACAGGCGUUUAGGAGACGGUGGAAAAUCCUCACUUGUUGAGCUGGUCGGAUCACCUAUUUCCAAAAUGUGACAUCCAUAGACAGGUGUUUGAAUGUAGUACUGAACAUUUUUGAUUUUAUUAUAAAGAAAUAUAUAUAGAUGUGUAAUUUCUUUGCCUUAAACUAUCAGCUCAUUGCUGAGUUUUUACAGGAUUUGUGAUUUACUUAUGUAAAUUUUGUAAAUGCUUUGAAGAGAAAUUACUGUUAACUUUGGAUUUUUUUGUUGUUUCUCACAAAUGACAGGAUUGUAUAUCAGGUAGAAGAGGUCAGACACGAGUGCACAAUUUUGCCUCUGUGUUGAACAGUCCACCCUGUUUUGUUUCCUUUUACUCCUCAUCCACGUAGAACGUUUGCUCUAAACCAGUUCUCAGAGCUGCUCUGAGUUAUUAAAACACUUUUGAAAGACACUUGAGUCACGCAGCACACCCUAACUUAUUUGCAUGAGUGCAGCGCUGCCUCACAUUGUCAGUGUUCAAAACCCGCUUAGGUGUGCAAGCUUGACAACUGAAGAUUCUGCUUCCUGUUUUUUGCCUUUUUAUAACAUAUACUGUGUUCCAAAGUCAUCUGGACGGGAUGAGCUGAGUUUGCUCAAAUAAAAGCAAGAUGACUUUAAAUCCCCCUUUAGCAGAUAAUUGUUUACAUUUCGAUAAUCAGAACUCAACUAUGUUGAGCAUAUCCAGAAUGAAGCCAAGCUAAAGGUGAGAUUAACUUAUUAGCAGGCAUGAUUUUGUCUGCUUGUAAAUACAUUAGCUCCACAACAGUGGCACAAUUUAGGAGGUUACAGAACAAUUUUAAACACGUUUCAGUCUCAGUGAAGUUUGAUAAGAACCUGAUGUGUUUCAUUUUAGAUCUUUACAUUUCACUUUGCCACAAAGAGGUUUAAGUGUUGUGUUUUUUUUAUUUUUUUCUGUUAUUUGAGUAAACAGAUUCUGAGCAUCUCCCAGUUUUUGUACAACCUUCUGUAAUGCUACUAUCACCCAAUAGUGUACAAAAUGUAAAAUGUUUAUUGGAUAAUAGUUUUGGAUUUGUUACUGUUUAUAUUUGCAGGAUGUGUGUGUAUUUUCUUCAUGUAUUUUAUUUGUAUAAAUGGAUUUAUAAUUUACUAGCAUGUUUGCUUUUGCCAAUAAAGACAAGGAAUGGGGUGCUUGUAAAAUGAUAAAAAAAAGAAAAAAAGAAGAAAUAUAAAUUAUUGAAUUUGGGAAAAAAAAAUACUAGCUAAGUUGAAGAAAAUUGAGCAAAAAGAUGAGAAUAUUGGCCAUGGGGAGAAAAAAGAUGCAAGCAAAAGCAUUCCAGAAAACAUUUACCUUUAAA